AUGUCGCAUCGGCAGUCGUGUGACCGCUGUCGUCAACAAAAGGUGCGAUGCCUUCGAGACGAGGCUCAACAAGAGAACAGCAAUCCGUCCUCCCCAGGCCGAGCUUCCCUUUCUCAAUGCGAGCGAUGUGCGAAGGCAGGUGUGGAUUGUGUCUACAUAAAACAGCGAUCCGCUCGUCGCUCUGUCCAGCACACGACGCGAAUAGACGCCGGCCCAGAGCCUGGCAACCGGAGCGGCACGCCGUGGUUCGAGCAAGGACUUGCCGCAGGGUUGUAUCAAGGCGGGCCGGCUCUGGGAAGUGACUUUGCCGAUCUGGUGGGACACUUCCCUGGUGUUGACGAGAACGGGUCCGUGGCCGGACUCAUGCAAGGCUGGGACGCAAACCUCCAGCCAUUUUCACCAACUUCAUUGAGCUCCCUACCAGCACCAUCCGCAACAGAGGUAGCUCUAAUGACCCGUGCACGACCCACCACCGGCCGCGACGAAGACAGCGAAGACGACGACGCCUACGAUAACGACGACAUUGACACCACAGACGCCUUGUCAUCCCAGCUCAUAUCUUUGAGCCAAAGAGCCACGCGGACCAUGCGCCGUCUUGCCCGCCCUGGGCGUGUGCCCCUAACCGUAUCAUCUCCGGAGGUGAAUGAGGCGUUGGAGGACACAAAUACAUUGAUUCGCAUUAUCAAUGACAUCACCGCGCCGGAUCGCGAUGAUAGUACACUCGACCCGACCACCACCGACCACGGGCUCGCCUUUUCCGCCCUUGCUUGCCAUCAACAUCUCGUUGCCCUGUUCCGAGCCAUUUGCGACGCCAUACAUCGCUGCCUAGAAGCCAAGAAAGAGCAUCAGGAACAGCACCACCGAAGCCGACAACACAGCGAUAUAGGGCCAUCAUCGGUUGCCCAGUUUGUCAUGGUGCUUCAGCUGCUGAUGCAUUUGAUCAACCGCAUGGACCGCACCCUCUUCCAAGGCAAUCCAUCAAUGUGGCAGAGCGCCAGAUCGUCUACUGAUGGCAACAUCACUCCUGAGACUCCAAAUUUGGCGAGCCAACAUGAAAUACACUCCAUACAAGCCGAGGCAGCGUCGGGAGGAUCAUCGCCACAGGGUGGCAUUCUCGUACUUGUGCAGUACAUUACUGGGACGAUACCUAGCGAGCAUGAGAGGCUGAGACAGGUCAUUCAGAAGCUUCAGACAGAAAUGGAACACUCGGAGCUUCACUGA